CUCUUCUGCCUCUCCGCACACAAAAGCUGCUGCUGUAAAUAAGCCCAACGCUGCUGGGGGAACGCCAGGCUGCUGUCCAGAGUGUCCAGGCGCGCUGUGGUUGACUGGAGCUGUCCGCGGUGCUGAACCUCCACCGCGCAAUCCGUGUAUAACAGUCCGUGAGUCUAGCUCUCUCUGCGUUGCUCCGGGAGCUCUGCGUUAUUCACCGGGAAAAAGGCGAAUAGCUCAUACGCGUACAAGACCUUACGGACAUUUUAUUUGACGCUCGAGUGAUUCUCACAGCCUUGUUAAACACAAGGAAAUAUUAUAGUGUUUUCUGUGGAGUCGUUUCAGCAUGUGUGUAAGGAUCGAGCUCCAAAAGAACUGGCUCUUUCUGCUGCUCAUUCUGACUCUUUCAGUGAUUUACACGCAUUGUCAAGAGGAUGGAACUGAACAAACUCGGAAAGGAGGAGAGUCAGAAUCAGAGAGAGAGUUUGACCCUUUCACCGGCAAACAGGAGCCACCAACCGACGUCCAGCAGCUCACAACAGAUGCAGUACCAAUCCUCCCCAACCUAAGACUGCUCAAACUCCACUCAGCUCUGCUAACCAAGAGCUUUCAGGGAGAUCAGCAGUUUUUUAAAGAGGCAACGCACACCAUGCCAACAGUCCCCACUUCUACAUCUAACACUGAACAUUCACUGGAGCCUCAGAAGGAUGCGGCAAAACCUGUGGAACAAAGAAGACCCAGCAAAAGCCGUAGUAGAACAUCAGAGAAGAUGGUAGUCACCUCUCAGCCUCUCACAAACCCCUCCAUUCCAAUAAGCUCUCCCACAGUCACAGGUCAAAACACAACAAUAAAGAAAUCCUUUGACAAGGAAAGCACUUUGCCACCACUGUCUCUGUCAACUUCACCUAAGAAAGAAUCACUGAGGCCGGAGAGGAAAACCACACCAGGAUAUUCCUCUGAGACAUCUCCAGCUCACUGCGAUAUGAACUUCACAGACGCCGAGGGUUAUAUUGAGUUCCCCCUGGAUGUCUCAUUUGAUUCCCACAUUCAUUGCACCUGCCUGGUUACUGUAUAUCUGGGUUACGGUGUUGAGAUUCAGGUGCUGAACGCGAGUUUGGAUGACGGGAUGGAGGCAGUUCUGGAGGAUCUAGGUGGACCUGUGGUUUCAAUACUUGCCAACAACUCAGUGUUAUCCAGGGGUCUGGUGCUGCGGAGCUCUAGCAACCAGAUCUCAGUGCAGUUCAGCAGUGAAUGGCCCGCUCAGCCUGGCUUAUUACUUCUGCGGUAUAGAGCCUUUGCUCUGAGUUGUGCAUCCCUGCUGGCCCCUGAAAAUGGUGAAGUAUCAGUCACUGGUCUUCAGGUGGAGGGCGUGGCCUAUUUCUCCUGUCUGAUUGGCUAUCAGCUCCAGGGCCCCUCCUCUCUCACAUGCCGAAAUGCCACCACACCAUAUUGGAGUGGCAGAGAGCCCAGGUGUCAAGUUGUUUGUGGGGGGAUGAUGAGAAAUGCCACUCAGGGUCGUAUCAUCUCGCCGGGAUUUCCAGGAAAUUACAGCAGCAAUCUGACAUGUCACUGGGUACUGGAGGCCCCUGAGGGCCAUCGGCUCCAUGUUCACUUUGAGAAAGUUGCCCUGGCUGAGGAUGAUGACAGGCUCCUCAUAAAGGAUGGGAGUAACAUUGACUCUCCGCCCCUGUAUGACUCAUAUGAAGUCGAGUAUCUGCCCACUGAGGGGGUCACCAGCACCGGCAGGCAUCUGUUUGUGGAAUUCACCAGUGAUGAGACGGGCACAUGCACUGGAGCUGCCAUUCGAUAUGAAGCAUUUGCUCAGGGCAGCUGUUAUGAGCCAUUUGUGAAGAAUGGAAAUUUUUCCACAAGUGAUCCUGCGUUUGGAGUUGGUUCUGUGGUGGAGUUCACCUGUGAGCCGGGUUAUACACUGGAGCAGGGCGCUGUUAUUUUAGAGUGCAUAAAUGAGGAAAAUCCACAAUGGAAUGAGACAGAACCAGCCUGUCGAGCGGUGUGCAGUGGAGAAAUAACAGAUUCAGCAGGUGUGGUGCUUUCUCCAAACUGGCCUGAAGCAUAUGACAAAGGCCAGGAUUGUAUCUGGGGUCUACAUGUGGAGGAGGACAAGAGAUUUAUGCUGGAUGUUCAGGUUCUUCGUCUGGGGAAGAAUGACCUGCUGACCUUUUAUGAUGGUGAUGACCUCACAGCCAACAUCCUGGGCCAGUACAGCGGUUUCCUUGCUCGAUUUAGACUCUACACCUCCACAGCUGAUGUGACCAUCCAGUUUCAAUCUGAUCCAGCCUCCAACAUGUACGGAUACAACAAUGGCUUUGUAGUGCAUUUUUUUGAAGUGCCACGUAACGACACAUGUGCAGAGCUGCCAGAAAUCCCUAAUGGCUGGAAGAGCACAUCUCAUCCCGACCUGACCCAUGGCACCGUUAUUACCUACCAGUGUUACCCAGGCUUCCGUCUGCAGGGCUCAGAGAUCCUGAUGUGCCAGUGGGAUCUGACUUGGAGCGGAGACGUCCCGAUCUGUGAGAAAAUUAUGUCAUGUGAGGAUCCAGGACUAGUGGAAAACAGUCAGAGACUGGUGACCAGCUCUCGUUUCACUGUGGGAUCGUCCGUGGAGUACAUUUGCAACAAAGGAUACUCACUUUUUGGCCCAGGAGUGCUCACUUGCUACAGCAGAGAUACUGCAGACCCAAAGUGGAGUGAAAGACUGCCCAAAUGUGUCCCUGAAAGAUAUGAACCCUGCAGUAACCCUGGUGCCCCCUCCUCGGCCAUCCAAAGUUCAGAGAAACUGUUCUUCCAGGCAGGAGAGACUCUGAGCUUCACCUGCCGAGCAGGUUAUGUGCUUCAGGGUGAACCCAAUAUCCACUGCCUCCCUGGACAUCCCUCUCAAUGGAGCGGAGCGCCCCCUAUGUGCAGAGCUUCCACAAGAAACAAUGAGGAACACAGAUUGAACGCUGUUGAUUCAGAGUUUGAUGCAGAGGACGUCAACAUCGCUAUCGCAGUUCUGAUUCCUGUAGUGGCGGUGCUGAUGCUCCUCUUGGUCAUCUUCCUCUGCAUCUCAAUAGCUCAAAGUAAGUCUUUUCAGCUCCCUGGAUCAUCAUUGCCGCCGUAUGACAACAUGACAGAAGAAUCUGCAUUUGACAACCCUGUUUAUGAGACAGGAGUAAGUAUGGAUGCCGUGAACCUCAGAGACGUGGGCUCUCACAACACCAUCGUCUUGUCCUGAUCAAUGCUUUCCAUUCUGUCAUUUCGACAUAUCAUCUAUGACUCUGAACUGGAUAUUUCAAAAAACUUUAUAACUGAAUGAGCCUAAUGUUGCAUUAGCCAACUCUUAAGUUUUUUUAACAAUAUUUAAAAAUAAGCAAAGGUUGAAAAUGCUGCUGUCUAUUUGUAACACACAUUAACGUGCUAGAAAGAAUAUGUCUGGAGGAAAGAUUCUGUGUCCCUUAUUAAAACAUUUAUUUUAGAUUUAAAAUCCAUUUAGGCUCGAGGCUGUGGGUCAGAAAUAUCUAGAACUCAGAAGAUGUGUGUCUGUGUGUGUGGGUGUGGGCAUAUUUUUGUGACAUAUCAGGACAUAACUCUGUAUAAUUACAUGGGUAUGACACAGGUAUUACAAGGAGAGGGUGACUUAUGAGGACAUAACCCAUGUCCCCAUUUUUCAAAACGCUUAUAAAUCAUACAGAAUGAGUUUUUUUGAGAAAGUAAAAAUGCACAAAGUUUCCUGUGAGGGUUAGGUUUAGGGGUAGGGUUGGUGAAUGGCGAUAGAAUAUACAGUUUCUACAAUAUAAAAACCAUUAUGCUUAUGGGAUGUCCCCACUGUUCCCAAAUAACAAACGUGUGUGUGUGUGUGUGUGUGUUUCAAUUUGUGUAUGUAAUUCACCGUUAUCUACUGAAUGUGAAAGGUUCUGUCUAAAUUCCAUUUGAAUGAUCACAAAAAUGUAUGUUUAUUUAUAAUAGCUUUAUUUGACUGGAUUUUUUCAUGACACUCACUUUCAGUCAUUAUUGUGUUUCAAGUUGUUUGUUGAUGUGAUUGAUCAUUUGUUUCAUGCUUUCAUAAGUUUCCUUUUUUUGAUUCAGAUGACAAGAAAUGCUAAAGAAGCUCUUGAACUUGCUUGCACAUUAUACAUUCAUAAACUUAAAAUGUGGAUUUAUUUUUUAUUUGAAAGGUGAUAAAUGCAUACAGAUUCCACAAAAAACUAACCAAAAAAACAGAUUAUUGCAUAUUAGAAGAAUGCUUUCUGAAGGAUCGUGUAACGCUGCUGAAAACAUCACAGAAAUAAAUUAUAUUUAUAUUACUAAUAUAUUUAAAAAGCAGUUUAACUGCAAUUACAUUUGACAGUUUUUUCUGUAUUUUUGAUCAAAUAAAUGCAGUCUCAUGGUGUGCAUAAGUAACUUCUUUCAAAAAUAUUUAAAAAAAAUCUUACUGACCCAAAACAUUUGAACUUUUGAAUUUUUUUGUUUCAAGUAGCCUACAACUUGGAUAACCAGCUGUAUUGAAUGAUAGGACAAAGCAAACUACUGUACUGCACUGUCCUGAAAUCUGAUUUGUUUAUCUUUUCAGGAUGCAAGGCAAUGCGAGGUGUGUAUGUAAAAUUCAUCUGUCUUUCUUUUGGCACCUAUGCUCUUUUUCCUGCUGGGUUCCUGUAAAUGUAUUUUCUCUAAGACCUCUGCCAGCACAUAAAUGACGGUGGACAAUAGAGUGUUAUUUCUGUAGCAUGUCAGAGCCUGAGGUUUGUGUUGUACCUUUUUUUAAAGCCCCAAAGGCUCACACCUUGAGGCUAGACUAUAUCAGAAUGCACUGGAUUCUUUAUUUCACACUGGAAAACAACAGAGGUGGAAGCUGUUUUCACCCACAUGCAGCAAAAGAGUUGGGAGAGUGGCUGAAAGUCUCGAGUUGAACUCACUGGCUGCAUGGGUGCUUAUUUGCAGAUAACUUUGUAAAUAAAUGGUCAAAAACUA